CCCUUUUAAUAAAUGCAAACUACACUUACAAAACUGAACUAACUAAAUAAACUUGUAAAAACAAUUAUUUCUAAAUAAUGACUAAAAGCAAUUAUUAUUUAGAUUCUAAUUGAUUCUUAGCUUAAAGUUCUUCUUUGUUCUAAUUACUUAAAAAAAUAAUAAUUCUUAGUGAUAUCGAUUUUACAGCUUCCAUUCUCUUCACGAUCUCUCAUAAAUCGUUAUCAGCUAUUGAAGCUUUGAUUUGAUGGCGGAUCUCAAAGAGCGUCUGCUCCCACCAAAACCUGCAUCAGCUAUAAAUCUUAGAGAUGCAUCUUAUAGAGCAUCAGCAUCUGGACGUCAACCUUUUCAAGGGAUAGAUGUUUUGGGAUUGAAGAAGCGUGGCCAAGGAUUGCGGUCUUGGAUUCGCGUUGAUUUAUCUGGAAAUUCACAGGUCAUUGAAGUUGACAAGUUCACUAUGAUGCGUCGUUGUGAUCUACCUGCUCGUGAUCUUCGGUUGCUUGAUCCUCUGUUUGUUUACCCCUCAACAAUUCUUGGUAGAGAGAAGGCUAUAGUUGUAAAUUUGGAGCAGAUUCGGUGCAUUAUUACAGCUGAUGAGGUUCUGCUCCUAAAUUCUCUUGAUAGCUAUGUGUUGCAGUAUGUGGUGGAGCUACAACGACGGUUGACAGCACCUGGAGUAGGUGAGGUUUGGCAGUCAGAAGGUCCUGAGUUGAAUAGAAGGAGAAGCAGGAAUUUUGACAGGAAUUUCGACAAUGUAUUUGGGAACCCAUCCCCUGAUUAUUUGCCCUUUGAGUUUAGGGCUCUUGAAGUUGCUUUGGAAGCUGCCUGUACAUUCCUUGAUUCUCAGGCAGCAGAACUAGAGAUUGAAGCAUACCCAUUGUUAGAUGAACUGACAUCAAAGAUUAGUACAUUAAACUUGGAACGUGUGCGGCGAUUGAAAAGCAGACUUGUUGCCUUGACCCGGAGAGUUCAGAAGGUCAGGGAUGAGAUAGAGCAGCUAAUGGACGAUGAUGGAGAUAUGGCUGAAAUGUAUCUCACUGAAAAGAAAGGGCGCAUGGAAUCAUCAUUCUAUGGAGAUCAGUCUUUAAUGGGAUUCAGAUCAAAUGAUGGUGGGAUAUCUCUUUCUGCCCCAGUUUCUCCUGUUUCCUCACCACCUGAUUCCCGGAGGCUUGAGAAAAGCCUGAGUAUUGCAAGGAGUCGGCAUGAGAGCAUGAAGAGUUCAGAAAGUGCUACAGAGAGUAUAGAGCAGUUGGAGAUGUUGCUGGAAGCAUAUUUUGUUGUCAUAGACAGCACCCUGAACAAGCUGACAUCGUUGAAGGAGUACAUUGAUGACACAGAGGACUUCAUCAACAUUCAGCUGGAUAAUGUCCGAAAUCAACUUAUCCAAUUUGAGCUUCUACUCACAACAGCAACAUUUGUUGUUGCCAUCUUUGGGGUGGUAGCAGGUAUCUUUGGCAUGAACUUUGCUAUACCAAUGUUCGAUGACCCAAGAGCAUUUAAGUGGGUCCUCAUUAUUACUGGAGUGGCCGGAAUCACCAUAUUUUGCGCAUUUGUAUGGUUCUUCAAGUACAGAAGACUUAUGCCAUUGUAGAUAAUACUAGGAAUUGGCAAAUUAGACGUGAAGAUUAUUAUACACAUUCAAUUGCUGCUUUUUUUAUUGCUUCUGUAGUCUGUAUAUGAAAUUUUAAAAAAUCUAUUGGAAGAUGGCUCAUCACCAGGGCAAUUCUUUAA